CCCAAGACCUACACUUCGUCAGCCUACGUCCAAAGCCGUGAUGGUCCGGAGUGAACAACCACCGAUAAUAUGGGUAUCGCUGGAACAAUAAUCAACUAUAUAAUAAGAGCAUAUCUCGGUGUACCCUGUGAGGUUCGUAGACUCAAUUUUCAUCAUCAUCUGUUCAAUCAACUCUAGCCCCGCCGUUCAUCUUACAAUACAGCUCAACCAAGUAAUUCUUGGUCAACAAUCUUGCGACCAUGACACAAACACAAACACAAACACACGGCACUUGCGACCCCAAAUUCCAAGAGGUGCGUAAGCGACUCCAGGACAAUAUCGACUGUGGGGAAGAAGUCGGCGCCGCCAUUGCUAUCAACAUUGAUGGCAGCGACGUUGUAAACCUGUGGGGUGGUUACACGGACAAGGAACGCACCAAGCCAUGGACCGAAGACACCCUUGUUACCGUCUUCUCCUCCACGAAAACCGUCCUCAGUCUCGCGAUCCUCAUUCUCGUCGACCGCAAAGUACUCUCGAUCAACGACAAGGUCUCAAAGCAUUGGCCUGAGUUCGCCGCCAAUGGCAAAGAAGAUAUCGAGAUCCGCCACAUCCUCUCUCACACGUCAGGGGUCUCGGGCUGGGAUGCCGAUGGACCGCUCUCGUUUGAAGAGAUCUCCGACCUUGACGCAGCUGCAGCAAAUCUCGCUACGCAGGCACCGUGGUGGGAACCCGGAACCGCGUCUGGGUAUCACUCAUUUACGUUUGGCCAUCUGCUAGCAGCCAUCGUCCGUCGCGCGACAGGCACAAAACUAAGAGACUUCAUCAUGGAAGAGAUCGUGAAGCCGCUUGACGCAGACUUUCACUUUGGCGUUCCCGACAAAGAGCUCCCUCGGACGACGGAUGUUAUUUCCGCGCCUAUGCCUCCCCUCAGUCCUGGCAUGGGCCCUCAGCCGGGUUCCAUCACUUUCAAGACCAUGAACCCCAUGCCCUUCCCCUCGGACUUCGCUAAUGGCCCUACCUGGCGUCAGGGUGACAUCCUCGCCGGGAGCGGGCAUGCCAAUGCCCACGCGCUCACGCGGAUCCUCUCGAUCAUCAGUCUCGGCGGCAGCGUCGACGGCAAACGUUUCCUCUCACAAGACACCAUCAAUCUCAUAUUCGAGCAACAAUCCAACGGAUUUGAUCUUGUCAUGGGCGUGCCUAUGCGUUUCGGUAUUGGAUUUGGCAUUACGGGUGAAGGUGGUACGGCGGUUGCUGAUUUCCUGCCCAACGGACGGAUUUGCUUUUGGGCAGGCCUCGGUGGAUCAUUCGUCCUCAUGGAUCUGGACAGGAAACUCACCAUUGCAUACGUGAUGAACAAGCUGUCCAUGACGGGGUUGGGAAACAACGCUGCGAAGUCUUACAUCAGGGCCAUUUACAAGGCAUUAGAUGAGCAGUGACAUAAGGUCAUGGAAGGUGAAUUGCAUAGCACGACAUCAUGAUUUCAUCGAAUAGUUAUGAUGCAAAUUACUUAAUGGCACAAUAUCAUUUGCAAUUACUAUUCUC